AUGUCGGCAACCGUCCGACUUCUCUCAUUCUCUCGAUCAUCAUUCAUCAAACCCACAACAACAUCAGCAUCCAUCCGCAGCCAAUUGGCGUCGCCGAAUAACAAAUUCUCCUGGACCAGGUCAGCAAGCCACUACACGGCAAAGGAAUUCAAGAAGGCUUUCUUGGACAACGACUUCCACAAGGACAAGGACAACGGGUUCCACAAGACGAAGAAGGACAACGGGUUCCAUAAGCAUAAUCAUCCCAACGACAAAAUGGGCAAGAGACAGUUCAACGGCAAGCCUGGAAAGUUCAGGAAAAAGCAAAAGAAGGUCGUGGUUGCGUCGGAAGGAUCCCCGGAGGAAGUCCUGUUGCACGACAUCAAUGCCCUGCUUGAGACUUUGACUGUGGCUGAUGUGGCCGAUGAGGGAGCCACUGAGGCUCCUCAGGCUGAGGUGGCCAAGCCGGAGGAGGUUGAGAAGGUAGAGGGUGAGGAGAAGGUUGAGGAGAAGACGGAGGGCAAAGAGGACAAGGCCGAGACUAAGCCUGCGCUUCUCCCCCAGGGCACCGAAAUCGAAGCUGAGAUUCUUUCACUAUCUUCCACCGGCGACGGUCUUGCGAAGCAGAAGGGUUCGGCCUCCAACCACAUCUACGUUGUCCCCUUCACUGUCCCCGGCGACGUUGUCAAGGCCCGCGUCUACCGCCAUGUCGAGCAAGACGGCUACUCGCACGCCGACUUCCUCGAGGUCCUCACCCCCUCGCCUCUCCGCGACGACAGCCGCAUUCAGUGCAAGUACUUCGCCAAGUGCUCCGGCUGCCAGUUCCAGAUGCUCGACUACUCGGAGCAGCUCAAGCACAAGCGCAGCAUCGUAGUCAAGGCCUACAAGAACUUCUCCAACCUCUCUCCCGAGCUCGUCCCCGAGAUUCUCGACACCAUCGGCUCCCCUCUUCAAUACGGCUACCGCACCAAGCUGACCCCCCAUUUCGACGGCCCGCCCGGCGGCAACCGCCGCGGCUUCAAGAAGCCCAUGGAGGAGAUGCCUCCCAUCGGGUUCACCCCCAAGGGUCUGCGCAAGGUGAUGGACAUUGAAGACUGCCCGAUCGCGACGGACGCCGUGCGCGCCGGUCUCACGGCCGAGCGCGAGCGCAUGUCCAAGGAAUUCGCCUCAUACACGCGCGGCGCCACCAUCCUGCUUCGCGAGAGCACCAAGCGCGUUCCCAAGCCGGCCGACGGCUCCGAGAUUCCCACCCCGGACCUCAAGCCCGGCGUUCUCCCCACGCCCAUCGUCACCCCCUCUGCCGACGGCAGCUACACCGACUUCAAAACCUGCAUCACCGACAACAACGCCACCUCGACCGAGUACAUCGACAACUUCAUCUUUCAGAACCCGGCCGGAUCCUUCUUCCAAAACAACAACUCCAUCCUCUCCCCUUUCACCGAUCACAUCCGCCAACACAUCCUCCCCCCUCCCGGGUCCCUUCCCGAGGGCGCCAAGCCCAUCAAGAACCUAAUAGACGCCUACUCCGGCUCGGGACUCUUCACCAUCACGCAAUCCUCCCUUUUCCCAGGUGGCUCCAUCGGCAUCGACAUCGCGGACAAGUCCAUCGAUUUCGCGCGGCGCAACGCGCGCCUGAACGGGCUGGACGAGUCGCAGUGCAAGUUCAUCGCGGCCGAUGCGCCGCAGCUGUUCGAGUCCGUCUCGAGUCUGGACGCGGACGAGACGGUGGUGGUGUUGGAUCCUCCCCGCAAGGGUUGCGACGCCAGUUUCCUUCGGCAGCUGAUGCAGUUUGCGCCGCGCAGGGUGGUCUACGUGUCGUGCAACGUACACACGCAGGCGCGGGACGUGGGCGUGCUAGUGAGGGGCCGCGUGGGGGAUACCUUUGGGGAGGCGUUUGUGGAUCCGACAGAGGGGGAGAAGAAGAUGAGCAGAUAUGUGAUUGAGAGCAUUCGCGGCUUUGACUUCUUCCCGCAGACGGGACAUGUGGAGGGCGUGGCGAUUUUGAAUCGGGUUGAUGAGUAG